CCGCCUCUUCCUCGUUGGCCAAGGGCAGGUGGUGUGAGGCCCAAGGGCUGUCUGUCGCUGUGGCCGGAGGCCUUGUGGUGAGGCUCAGUGCUUGCUAGUGGAAUCAUGAAUGAAGUGGCGGUGAAAACAAGAUUGGAGCUAUACAUAGAUCACCAAGCCACUGCUGAGUGUUCAGGUUGCUCGCAGCAGUGACCAGACCUGAGUUGGUGAUGUACCUCAUGCUCCAGGAGGCUCAGGCAACCACUUGGAGGCGAGUGGCUUUCAUUGGCCCACCUUGAUCACUGUGGAAUCCGUAUUUGUCCUCUCUGAGAUACACUUAGACAGCCUAGAAAAAGAUUCAUGAAGUGAUAAGGCCUUUUAACAGAUUGUCCACAUGCUGAAAUACAUGUUUUCUGGCUCCGUGAUCAAUCCAUUUUCUGGUGGAAGUGAUGGUGAUCUGAUCCUGUGAGUCGGGAAUUCAGGCAGGGCAACAAUGAGGAUGGCUUGUCUGCUUCAUGAUGUCUGGGGCCUCAGCUGAAAGGACAUGUAUUCCCUGCUUGACAGGGUUCACUUGACAGCUGGAGGCUGGAAUCUUCUGGUCUUUGCAUUUUUAAGGUACAUUGUGAAUUCAUUUCCAGAAGACUUUGAAUUUGCUGUAGAAAUAGCAACAUCCACUUUCUGCCUCAUCAGGAAAAAGCAGAGAAAGAAAGCUGACAUGUCAUCUCAGGGGACACUGAACUGCAUCCCCUGGACCACCUUCAGCCUCCAAGGGAUGUUGGGGAGGGGGCAGAGAGGGAGGAUGGGAAGGAGGAGGUCAGGACAGCAGCUUCACAGUCAGUUCAGAUGUGUUUCUUCCUGUCACUAUAGCUCAACUCCCUUCCUCUGUGUUCCCUAAGGAGUGACUGUGCAGAUAUCUGAUGUCACUGCAAGCCACUGAGUUUUUGUUCAAAACCUAGACCCAUUCCUCCCUUUUACAAGCUUGGUGGUGCUGCUUCUUUAAGACUUUAUGUUGUCUUUUCCUCUUCCCUUCCUCCCCAACAAGAGCAAACGGAGAAGAAUGAAGCCAGGGUAAAUUGAAAAAUGUUUGAAACCUAUUAAGCGUGGCUACAAGUUUAUUGUAAUUCUUAAGUUAAUUAUAUCCUUUUUGACUUCCAGCCAGUCCCUUCAUUGGCCUUCCUUAUAGACUUGGCCACCUAUCCCAGCCUCAGGCUGGCGGCGUGCCUAUCUGCCUGCCUUGUUCCUUCCCUCCCUCCUCCCCACCACCUCUUCCCUCCUCCCUCCUGCACAAGUAAGUCAGCAAUCCUCUGUAGCUACGACCUCCUAGAGCUUAAAUGUGGUUGUGGCUGUGGUGGGUAUAAAGAAUUUGGAGUGUGUGUGUAUUUGUACGCAUGUGAAGGAUAGGGACAUGGUAGUUAGUGGAAGAUGCCAUAUAUAAAUGCUAACUCUUACUGCAGACACAUGCAUUUAUUUCAGCUUGUACCUUACAAAGUGUUAUCUCCUGAAUAUUUUAAUCUCACGAAUCCUUUGUGCAGUAGGUUUUAUCAGUUUCUGGAUGAAGAAACUGAGGCUCAGAGAAGUUUUACAAAAAGAUUGAUCACAGAUCUAUUAGGUGGCAGAACAAGAUGGGAUUCAGACCAAGUCUUUGAUUCUAAGAUGUGUGUGUGUAUGUGUUUCCUCUCUACACUAUACUGGUUCUCAAAUAAUAAUAGAGCUGUACUUUUGUAUAACUUGAGUUUCUCUCUGCUCCAUGCUCUGAAGGCCUCUGUUUGCAUCUUGCUUUCAACUCCCUGAUGCUCUCUUUCUUGCUUUAUAGUUCUGUGUACACCUUUCUUUGUCAUAAAGAGACUGCAGGCUACUCAAAGGUUCAGGUCUUGUUUUGGUAUUGCUCUGCAGUAGUGGAGGUUCAAUGUCAUCUUUGCUAAAUCAACAGAUGGGAGGCGUGGCUGCUGCUGAAGCCGCUGCCCCAUACUUGGCCACUGAUGCUGAAGUUGAUCAGCGUAUCAGAUGGUGGUGAGACUGGCAAGGUCUUGCUGCCUGCAGCACUUGAGGGAAGCGGCGAUGCUGUAUGGCUUGAGCUUUGGAGCCGCCCCUCCUAGAAGGGCUUCAACUGCCAGGAGCAGGAGCUCGGACUCCGUGAGGGACUUGCUCUGCGGAGAGUUUCACGAGGUACACCCAGGGCUGCUGCCUGGAGCCAUCUUACCAGAAGGCAGGGAGAAGAUGGACGAGAGGUGCUACCCAGUGAUCUUCCCAGAUGCACGGAAUUUCCGCCCCUUCACUCCUGACUCUCUGGCUGCAAUUGAGAAGCAGAUCGCCAUCCAAAACGAGGAAAAGAAGUCCAAAGACCAGAAAUCAGCAGAACCCCAGCUUCGACCUCAGCUUGACCUAAAGGUCUCCAGAAAGUUGCCCAAGCUCUAUGGAGAUAUUCCCCCUGAGCUGAUAGCAAAACCCCUGGAAGACCUGGACCCAUUCUACAGAAAUCAUAAGACAUUUAUGGUGUUGAACAAAAAGAGAACAAUCUACCGCUUCAGUGCCAAACGAGCCUUGUUCAUUUUGGGACCUUUCAAUUCAAUCAGAAGUUUAGCCAUUAGAAUCUCAGUCCAUUCAUUAUUCAGCAUGUUCAUCAUCUGCACCGUCAUCAUCAACUGCGUGUUUAUGGCCUCAGCUCGCGGGGACAGCAGCAAUGUAAAUAUUGAAAGCGCUGAGUAUGUCUUCAUGGGGAUUUAUAUAUUUGAAGCAUUAAUUAAAAUAUUGGCAAGAGGUUUUAUUCUGGAUGAGUUUUCUUUCCUUCGAGAUCCAUGGAACUGGCUGGACUCCAUUGUCAUUGCAACAGCGUUUAUAUCAUAUUUGCCGAAUAUCAAGGUCAGUGUGUCAUCCCUGCGUACCUUCCGAGUAUUCAGAGCUUUGAAAGCAAUUUCAGUAGUUUCAGGUCUGAAGGUCAUUGUUGGGGCCUUGCUGCGCUCUGUGAAGAAACUUGUCGAUGUGAUGAUCCUGACUCUCUUUUGCCUCAGCAUCUUCGCCCUGGUAGGUCAGCAGCUCUUCAUGGGAAAUCUGAACCGGAAAUGUGUCAGGAAAGGCAUGAAGGACUGUGACUCUAACAGUAAAGAAUAUUGCUUUGAAAAGAAAGAUUCCACUGAAUUCAGAAUGUGUGGUCUCUGGAUGGGUAACGGAACUUGUUCUGAACAAUUUGAAUGCAGGCACACCACGACAAAUCCUGACUAUAAUUACACGAAUUUUGACAACUUUGGCUGGUCUUUUCUUGCCAUGUUCCGGCUUAUGACCCAAGAUUCCUGGGAGAAGCUUUAUCAACAGACCUUGCGUACCUCGGGGCUCUACUCAGUCUUCUUCUUUGUGGUGGUCAUCUUCCUGGGCUCUUUCUACCUGGUUAACUUAACCCUGGCUGUUGUCACCAUGGCUUACGAGGAACAGAACAAGAACGUAGCUGCUGAGACGGAAGCCAAGGAGAGGAUGUUCCAGGAAGCUCAGCAGCUGUUAAAGGAGGAGAAGGAGGCUCUGGUUGCCAUGGGAAUUGACAGAAGUUCACUUAAUUCCCUUGAAGCGUCAUCUUUUUCCCCAAAGAAGAGAAAGCUAUUUGGUAAUAAGAGAAGAAAAUCCUUCUUUUUGAGAGAGUCUGGGAAAGACCAGGUUUCAGGAUCAGAUUCUGAUGAAGAUUCUUCAAAAAAGUCACACCUCCUAGAGCAAACCAAACGACUGUCCCAGAAUCUGUCAAUGGACUACAGUGAUGAGCACGGAGACCCCUUCCAAAGGCAGAGAGCUCUGAGUGCCGUCAGCAUCCUCACUAUCACCAUGCAUGAACAAGAAAAAUCACAGGAGCCUUGCCUCUCGUGUGGAGAAAACCUGGCAUCCAAAUACCUCGUGUGGGACUGUAGCCCCCGGUGGCUGUGCAUUAAGAAGGCCCUGAGGACUGUGAUGACCGACCCCUUUACUGAGCUGGCCAUCACCAUCUGCAUCAUAAUCAACACUGUCUUCUUGGCCAUGGAACAUUACAAAAUGGACCCGGGUUUUGAGAAAAUGUUGUCCACGGGGAAUUUGGUUUUUACUGGCAUUUUCAUGGCUGAAAUGUGCCUAAAAAUCAUCGCACUAGAUCCCUACCAUUACUUUCGCCGAGGCUGGAACAUUUUUGAUAGCAUUGUUGCUCUUCUGAGUUUUAUAGACGCGAUGUUAGCUAGUACAGCUGCAAGGAAACGAAGUUGGAUGUUAUUCCUUCGUUCCUUAAGAGUGCUGAGGGUCUUCAAGUUAGCCAAAUCCUGGCCAACUUUAAACACACUGAUUAAGAUAAUUGGCCAUUCUGUUGGGGCCCUUGGAAACCUGACUGUGGUCUUGGGCAUUGUGGUCUUCAUUUUCUCAGUAGUUGGCAUGCAGCUUUUUGGCUCUCAAUUCAGUUAUAAAAAGAGUAAUUCGGAAGAACCCCGACGCUGGCACAUGGGGGAUUUCUACCACUCCUUUCUGGUGGUAUUCCGCAUCCUGUGUGGGGAAUGGAUCGAAAACAUGUGGGAAUGUAUGCAAGAAGCUGAUCGAUACCUGUGCGUUAUUGUCUUUCUGCUGAUCAUGGUGAUGGGAAAACUCGUGGUACUCAACCUCUUCAUUGCCUUGCUGCUAAAUUCCUUCAGCAAUGAGGAGAGAGAUGGCCACUUGGAAGGAGAGGCCAGGAAAACCAAAGUACAGUUAGCCCUGGAUAGGUUCCGCCGGGCUUUUUGUUUUGUGAUACAUACUCUUGAGCAUUUUUGUCGCAAGCAGUACAGGAGGCAGCAUUUACCAAGGCAAAAAGAGGUGACAGGAGGCCUUGCUGCAGAGAACAAAGACGUCAUUCCCCUGGUUACAGAGAUUAAAAGGGGCCCAGAGACCCAGGAGGAGUUUGGGGUACUGACUUAUGCACCAAAGACCUUGAGUAUCGGACAUGAUCGGACUUGGUUGGCCCCACUUGCAGAGGAAGAAGAUAAUGCUGAAUCUCCUGAUGAAGAUAAGACACAGUGUGUCACACAACCUGAGGCUGGAAAACAGGCUUAUGAACUACAUCAGAAGAACAAGGAGUCCACCAGUCCAGGAGCUCAAAGUGUAGAAAUUGAUGUAUUCUCUGAAGAUGAUCCUUAUCUGUCAAUACAGAAUCCCCAAAAGAAGUCUGAUGAUACCAGUGUCCUCUCAGAAUGUAGCACCAUUGAUCCACAGGAUCCUUUCAGGCAGAUAUCUGACAUGGUUUCCAAGAAGGAACCAGAGAGAUGUUUGCCCAAAGGCCUGAAUUGCUGCUUUCCAUGCUGUGCUAUGGACAAGAGAAAGUCCCCUUGGAUCAUUUGGUGGAACCUACGGAAAACCUGCUACCAAAUAGUGAAACACAGCUGGUUUGAGAGCUUUAUUAUCUUUGUGAUUCUGCUGAGCAGUGGGGCACUGGUAUUUGAAGAUAUUCACCUUAAUGGAAAACCUCAAAUCGAAGCAUUGCUUCAUUGUACUGACAAUAUUUUCACAUACAUUUUUAUCUUGGAGAUGGGUCUGAAAUGGGUGGCCUUUGGAUUUGGGAAAUAUUUCACCAGUGCCUGGUGCUGGCUCGAUUUCAUCAUUGUGAUUGUCUCUGUGACCAGUCUCAUUGAUUUAAAGGGCUUGAAGUCCUUCCGGACUCUACGAGCCCUGAGGCCCCUGCGAGCACUGUCCCAGUUUGAAGGAAUGAAGGUGGUAGUUAAUGCUCUAGUAGGUGCCAUACCUGCCAUUCUGAACGUUUUGCUUGUCUGUCUCAUUUUCUGGCUCAUAUUUUGUAUCCUGGGAGUAAAUUUGUUUUCUGGAAAAUUUGGAAGAUGUGUUAAUGUAACAGGCGCAAACUCAGUUAUAGAUUACAAAAUUGUUGCAAACCGAAGUCAAUGUGAAGAAAAGUACCACUACUGGAGCACCCUGCAAGUCAACUUUGACAAUGUGGGAAUGGCUUACCUCGCCCUGCUGCAAGUGGCAACAUUUAAGGGCUGGAUGGAAAUUAUGUAUGCAGCUGUUGAUUCCAGAGAGGAAGGACAGCAGCCAGCGUUUGAGGUGAACCUAUAUAUGUACCUUUACUUCGUAGUUUUUAUCAUCUUUGGCUCAUUCUUCACUCUGAAUCUCUUUAUUGGUGUUAUUAUUGACAACUUCAACCAGCAGCAGAAAAAGAUAAGUGGCCAAGACAUUUUUAUGACAGAAGAGCAGAAGAAAUACUAUAAUGCAAUGAAAAAACUAGGAUCCAAAAAACCUCAAAGGCCCAUUCCAAGGCCUCUGAACAAAUGCCAGGGUCUUGUGUUUGACCUGGUCACAAGCCAGGUCUUUGACAUCAUCAUCAUCAUCCUCAUUCUCCUCAACAUGAUUAGCAUGAUGGCUGAAUCAUAUGGCCAGCCCGAUCACAAGAAACUCAUCCUUGAGCAUCUCAACCUGGCCUUUGUGGUCAUCUUUACAAUUGAGUGUCUCAUCAAAAUCUUUGCUUUGAGACAAUACUACUUCGCCAAUGGCUGGAAUUUAUUUGAUUGUGUGAUCGUGAUCCUUUCUAUUGUUAGUACAAUGAUUUCUGCCUUGGAGAACCAGGAGCACAUUCCUUUCCCUCCAACACUCUUCAGAAUUAUCCGCUUGGCCCGGAUUGGCCGAAUCCUGAGACUCGUUCGGGCAGCACGAGGAAUCAGAACUCUCCUUUUUGCUCUGAUGAUGUCCCUUCCCUCUCUAUUCAACAUCGGUCUUCUACUCUUUCUGGUUAUGUUUAUUUAUGCCAUUUUUGGUAUGAACUGUUUUUACAAAGUAAAGCCAGCGUCUGGAAUUGAUGACAUAUUCAACUUUCAGACUUUUGUAGGCAGCAUGCUCUGCCUCUUCCAGAUAACCACAUCAGCAGGCUGGGAUGCCCUCCUCAACCCCAUGUUGCAAUCAGAAGACUUAUGUAACCCUAAGUCAGAAAACUGUCACUUAUCUACCAUAGCCAUAGCCUACUUCGUUAGUUACAUCAUCAUCUCCUUUCUCAUCGUUGUCAAUAUGUAUAUUGCUGUGAUUCUAGAGAAUUUCAAUACAGCCACUGAAGAAAGUGAGGACCCAUUGGGGGAAGAUGACUUUGAAAUGUUCUACGAAGUCUGGGAAAAGUUUGACCCAGAAGCAACACAGUUUAUCAGAUAUUCUUCCCUUUCUGACUUUGCUGAUGCUCUUCCUGAGCCUUUGCGAGUGGCAAAGCCAAAUAGGUACCAAUUUUUAGUAAUGGACUUGCCCAUGGUGAGCGGAGAUCGCCUCCAUUGCCUGGAUAUUCUCUUUGCUUUCACCGCUAGGGUACUUGGAGAAUCCAGUGGCCUGGAUAGCAUGAAAGCAGUGAUGGAGGAGAAGUUCAUGGAAGCCAACCCUUUCAAGAAGUUAUAUGAACCCAUAGUCACUACCACCAAAAGGAAGGAAGAAGAACGAUGUGCUGCUGUUAUUCAAAAGGCCUUUCGAAAGUACAAGAUGACCAAGUGUGCCUUGGAAGACAGGCCUCAUUCACCACUCCAGGUGCUCUGCAAUGGGGACUUGUCCAGCUCUGGGGCCACCGAGGGCAAGGUCCACUAUGACUGAGCCCCUCACCUCCACCCCUACCUCACAGCCUUGCCUCCAGCUUCUGAGCUCCAAGGGAUCCACAGCUCAGUGUGGAACAAACAGUGGACUUACUGAACUAGACAUUCCAUUUUUUUCCAGGCUAAAAGAAAUGAUAUUUCAGGAUUCACUUCAAAUGGUUCUUAUAGAGACUUCCUGACUAUAACCACUGGUACUGUUUUAGUAAGGAAAAAGGCCCUAGAAAGGGCUGGAGAGGACACACUAAUGAGAGGAUUGAAACACAGCUCAAAUUAUGGCAAAAGAAAAGGAUAAGAAACCAAAACAAACAAACAACACACACAUUAAAUUUUUAAAUUGUGUUUUUCCAGAUGCUCCUUAAUAUCCAAUACCUUUGCCUGAUGUUUUUCCCAGUAAAAGUAUGCGGCUUAUCACAUGUAACUCUUCUGCAUGCUAAGUGAAAAUUCAAAACCUGCCAAUAAAUAAAUAGCUUAUUACAGAUUUUUUUUACCAACAUUAAAUACUUCAGGUUUGGUUUUUUUUUAAGCCUCCUAAAAGCAUGAUCGUGACUUAUCAGUACCACUCUAUCUUUCACCAGCUGCAAUCUGUUAUAUAUAUUUGGAAAAUAAAUAAAUAAAUGAGACUUUGGGUUUGCAAUUCAUUCAGAUUGCUUAGUGGCUCUGCGAGUAGUAGUUUAAAUGUGGUGCUUUGCUUGGAAUUAAACGUGGGAGCCAGUGACAUGUGGGUAAGAGUAUAACAGUUGCUCUUCAGGAAAAAAAAAAAAAAAGCCAUGAUUUGUAGCAUCUACUGAUUUCUAUGGUGAAUGCUCCCAUCACAGCAAAUUUCAAGCUACCAACGUGAUGUUUCUGAACGUAGAGUUGGGAAGAGGCGUCCACCAUCAGUUCUCAUGAGCUGGCUCGAGCUGGCUCAGCACACCGCUGGCUGGAACCAGAAAGAUGGUCUCACUUGCCUCUGGUUAAAAUAUCUGCAAUGGGCACCUUGGAUGGAAAGAGCACCCUCUUAGAACACCUGGACCCCACAGGUGGGAAAGCCGUAAGAUGUACUGCGUAGCCAGUAAUCUCAGCCAUUUGAUGAGCCGUACACUCAGUUCUGGCUGAAUGUCUGCAUGAAACUCAGCCCAGAGAACAACCCAGGUAUAACAGAAGGGCCUGGCACCAGGAGCAGCCCAGCACCUCUCUAAAAAUUGGAGAUGCCCAGAAACCAAACAAGACAUUAGGCUGUCAGCCCCCAAAGAGACUGGAUUGAGGGCAAAGAACUACAUUGUGAUAAUUUAGACACAGAGGAAAAUCCUGCAGAAAUAGCCCUGUAUCUCAGACAGGCUAGAGGAGCUGAUGUGUCUGUCAGCAGCCUGGAGUCUGAGGCCUGAGCCUCUGACCUGCUUCUCGCUGUCCAGUGGAGGGAAGACCAGUGCCGGAUGCUGUGGUGCACUGAGGGAGUGGUAAUUUCC